AUGAGCUUGAAAGAAGUAUUCGAACAACAUCCAUGGAGGUCAUUUAAGAAAUUCAAUGAAGCUGCAAAGAGUUGGGGAUUUACUAACAGAGCUGAAGUGAAAAGGUUCUUUGACAAAAAUGUUGUACAUCAAACAAAAAUAAACCCUUACGACUACUUUUUACCAAUUUACUCCAACGCUCCUGACGCAUACCAAUUUGACACUCUCAUUCAAAGCAGAAAAGGAGGACAUAAACCAUUCCUCAUCUUCAUUAAUGUUAACACUCGCAAAGCAUAUGCAUAUCCAAUGAAAAAUAAAUGA